AUGAAGACCAUUGCGGAAUAUGGAAGCUGGGAAAGUAAUAUUGACGCUGAAACAGUUAUAGCUGGUAAUUGUCGAAACAUAUCAGAGUUACAAGCAGCUAAAGGUUCUGUGUUUUGGCUAGAGCAGCAAUUUGUUGGUGGGCGAAAUACCAUAUUUCAGUUUAAGGAUGGUAAAGUAAUUGAAUGGACACCCAGUGAUGUUUCAGUUCGUAAUUCAGUACAUGAAUACGGAGGAGGAUCUUUCAUUGUGUCUAGUGAUCAAGUCUAUUUUGUGACUGAAAAUGGAGUUUACUUGCAAAAAGAUCCACAUGCGAAGCCUCAGCGCAUUGUUCAAGCUUCGAAAAAUUGCCGCUUUGCUGAUCUUGAUUAUUUUAAUGGCAAUAUUUAUGCCGUUAAUGAGAUUCAUUCCGAACUACAAGAAGAACGUCGAGUUGAGAACCUUCUGAUAAAAAUAACCCAUGACGGUCUAACGCAAAAAAUAGUACCCUUUCCUUAUUCUUUGCUCCUUUAUGGUCAACAAUGUUUUUUAAAGGCAUUUGGAGCUGAUUUUUAUGCCUGUCCACGAGUAAGUCCCGAUGGAGGACUCAUUGCGUGGAUGGAGUGGAAUCUACCUGGAAUGCCCUGGGAUGAAACAACGAUUAAAGUUGCUCGGCUAGACCGAAAAGGAAAUAUUGAUAAAGUGGUAUCGUCACUGUCUAGAAAGGGAGUAAAUUUUCAUGGGCCACAGUGGGGACCGUGCUCGGAACUUUAUGUUAUAUCGGAUCAGACUGGUUGGUGGAAUGUUUAUCUUGUUGAUUUUGAAAAAGGCAAAUUAAAGUACAAUAUCUUUCCCGUUGACACAGAAAUCGGCUCUCCCUCGUGGGUUUUUGGAGAUAGGCAAUUUGCAGUAAAUAAAACAGGUGCACUUUUAAAUAUCGCUGGGAAAAUGUCUUUCAAGGUUUUUGACGGUGAAUGCAAAACUUUAAAAACACAAUUCUUUGGCCAGUUUAGCCACUUGAAACUUGCAGACGAGGAUACUGCAUAUUGUAUUGCAAGUGGACCUGCGCGAUGUGCGUCGGUUAUUGAAGUCCAUUUAAACAGUGAAGAGGUUAAUGUCUUGAGAGAGUCUCGAGAUUCUAAAGAGCUUGGUUCGUAUGACAUUGCUCUUGGGGAAGAAAUCACCUUUGUAUCUGACGGGGUUCCUGUAAAAGGGUGGUUCUAUGCACCUUUCUCAAGUCGUUACAUGGCACCAGAAGAGACAUUACCUCCAGUUCUCUUAAUUGCCCAUGGUGGUCCUACCGCUAACACGUCCAAUUCACUAUCAAUGAAAAUUCAGUUCUUUACAUCCAGAGGAUUUGCAGUUUUUGACGUAAAUUAUCGCGGUUCCACAGGCUAUGGAACGAAAUUUCGAAAUAUGCUGUUAGGGAGUUGGGGAGUCGUUGAUAGAGACGAUAUGAUCAAUGCAGCAAAUUACCUAAUUCAACACCAACUAGUUAAUCCCAAAAGAGUUUGUAUUAUGGGAAGUUCAGCUGGCGGUUAUUUGCUGUUAAGUGCAAUUUUACACUCUGAUGUAUUUGCGGCAGCUGCAUCUUUGUAUGGCGUUAGUGAUCUUGUAGGGCUUUUCAAGGAAACACAUAAAUUUGAGCAAGGUUACAACGAGCAGUUGAUUGGAAAAUAUCCUGAAGACCUAGAUAUUUAUAACCAGAGAUCGCCAAUAAACAGAGCUAAAGAAUUAAAUUGUCCCGUGUGCUUCUUUCAUGGUACCGAAGACACAGUUGUUCCUAUGUCUCAAAGUUUAAUUUUCUAUGAAGCUUUAAAAUCAAAGGGACUUAUAACAGCCUUCCAAACCUUUCCUGGUUCGGUUUUCUCAAGCGAAGGACAUGGUUUUCGUGGUGCAGCUGCUACAAAAAUGGCGUUAAAUGGUCCUUAUUAUUUCUUCUGUAAAGUGUUAGGGAUCAACCCAUCAGUAACUGCAAAGAUUAAAAUUGAUAACUUACCUGGAGAACGUAAAGUACAAGCAGCUUGA